GGACCAUCCAUUUUCUAAAUCCUCAACAAGCAUUGGAACUUUUCAGGUUCAACAAGUACUUGUACCUGCUUUAAUAUAUCACAAGUUCUCGGCAUCGUAAAGGAUCCAACUUAGAAUAUGGCCCCAGUCGUCCCCUCCAAACGGCGCUCCCUCCGCGCCAAACUCGCCGCCCGCUCGGGACCAGAGCCAUACGCACCGCGCAAAGCACCGCGUCCCGACGCCGUCGGCACAAGCGACUCGUUCUCCAACUCCAAGAAAGACAAGCGCACCAUCAAGCACGCGUCCUUCGUCUCGCGCAUCGAAAAGGCGAACCAGAAAACCCCCAAGCGCCGCCGGCCCAACAACAAGCUCGUGGCGAAUCUCGACUCGCUAGCCGACGCGCUGCCGGAUCUGCUAGUCGACGGGGAGACGGAGGAGGGGCUGAGACAGAUGCGGGAGGGCAAGAUCAGACACAAGAGCUUGAAGAGCCGGCCUGGCGCGCUGAAGAGGAAGGAGAGGAUUGUCAAGGGCGAGGUGCAGAGGUUUGGGGUUAGUCUUGCGAGGCUGAGCGCUGUUGCGGAGAAGGAGGUGCAGGUGCAAAUGGAUGUUGUUGAGCAGGGUGGGAAAGAAGAGAGCGCUGUUGUAGUAGAAGAGACUCGGGAUGAUGUGACGACUAUCCCGGCCCCAGCGCCGGUGUCGACGACGAAUCGCUGGGCGGCGCUGCGAGGCUUCAUCUCGGCGACUAUGGAGCAGAAUCCGGCAUUCGUGGGGAAGCGGGAUGGGAAAUGAAGGGGGGUUGUGGUAGUAUAAGUGAACAAUCGCUCUAAGACGAUCGAGACACGAGGGUAUGUAUGACUGAUGUUAGCCACAAACCGAGGGAAUAGGUAGUGUACGGGCCUCGCUGUUUUAUCCGCGGCAAGUUUGAUACGACAUUAAUAUCCCCCAUAGGACGACCAGCGAGGGACUAGGAUUUAUUUGUCCGUCUGGGGGAACCCAGGUAUAUCAUUGAAUCCGCUAUGUUGGUUUGCUGGUUAUGUACCGAUAAGUCGUACGCCGUAUGAAACUCCACGAGGGUGUUUUACUAUAAGGCAGCUGGUAGUACUUAGAGCGUUGGUGGGAGUCUAACCUAGAAGUUGUAUCACCGACACAUAUUCUAGUUACGAUAGCUUCAUAUUAACCUGGAGUUCGGAGUUGUACUUAUUAUUCAAUAUUUAAUUACGCGUCUGUUAUAUUCGCUGUUAACACUUUCGAGGACCCAGUCCCUGGCUAGAAGGAUA